AUGUACCAGGGGAGAGACAUAUAUGAGUAUGUGAAAUUCGCCUUGUACCUACAGGAUUCUUAUGAUGAGUCAUUUGUAUUUUUCGGAAAUUAUGGUCCCAACAGCAGAAACAUUUGGUCUUCUACUCCAAGGCUGUUAUGGGAGCAACAGUACUAUCUUUUAGGAAAUAUUUCUCUUCUUUGUACACCGGAUGAGUCGGUCGAGAUUGUAGAUGUUCAACCAGCCACUUGGCUAGGGCCAUUUGAAUUAGUUCCGGUCAGCCCAUCCUCUCACUCAAGCAUAAGCAGAGACAGAAGUGCAACCACAAGCGUAAGCCCCUGUGUGAGGACAAGCUCAAGUGAUUCAGCUACAGAUAUUACAUCAACAACACCAGUAUCAACCCCUGGACAGGGGUGUGUGAUAGAUCCAAAAUACAUGUUAGAGCCCCAGGACAUGGAAUUUGAAGUGGGUCCAGAAUUCCUCUUGAAUGACAGCCAAGAAGAACAGGCCUCUCUAGAACAAGGAGAAUGCACUGAAGAGGAUGUGACGAAACCCUGGGAAGAGGCAAAGGUCUCCAAUCCUAAAGAACAUGUAAUUGAUGAAGAUUCUGCACAUCAGGAUGCUUCUUCAGAUGACGACAGCUGUAUAAUAAUAGAAGAUACUGAAGACAAGAAAGACCCUAAGACCCAAGAAGUCAUUAAGAUCAAAGAACAAGGAGAUCAACAGGCACCUGAGGCUGUCCUACCACGUCCAACCACACCAUUGCGGCCUGUGCGCCCAGAGGCUGUGGUAGAACCCAUGCCAAGGAGAACAUAUCAAUUCCACCGCCCACUUUUGGGGGAAAGGUUUGCCCAACUCUGUGGCCCACGAGUAAUGACACAGGUUUAUGAUUUGAGUAUCAGCAGAUCCUUCCAUGAUGAACUACCUUCUUACACAGAUAUUGAAGAGGAGGAUAGGGAACAAGAACAACUUGAAUAUGAGUUGGCCCAGCGUAUUGAGUUGCUUCGAAACUUACCAUAUGAACGGCCGGGGCAGCAACAAACUGGGCAAGGACAAGGACCUCGUGUAUAUCGUCCACGAGAGCAGAUGGUGACUGUUAUUGAUGACGUGGGGCCACGCGCCAUGAAUUUUUUUCAAAAUGACAACUCUGAGCAUUCACAAAAUGAGAUGCAUAGACGUUGGGAGGAUCCUGUUGAUUCUGCUCCUCCACUUCUGCAUCACUCAAGAUCAUGGCAAGAAAUGAUUACAUCACACCAAGCAUCAGCAGCGUCCCAGUACCCAUCAGCAGCUUCACACCAAACAUUGGCAGCACCAUGCCAAGUAUCUUUACCGUCAUGUCAAGUAUCUACAGUGUCACAUCCACCAUGGACAACUUCAUAUCAGUUAUCAGUGUCACAACAAGUAUCAGCAGCAGCAUAUCACCCAUCAGCAAUGUCACAUAAUGCCUCUUCUGACCACAGAAGGGAGAGCAGGCAACGCUUUCUGCCCCCUGGACAAGAUCAAGCUGCUUACUUUCAGGCUGAAGAGGAUGCCAACCCUCACCCAUGA